AUGGAAGAAGUGAUGGAGGAAGGAGCCCGUUUGCUCUUCAACGAAGAGAAAGAGAAGAUGCCGAACUUGCUCAAGCUCUAUCGAAUCAAGGAACAAAUAAGUCAGCAUCUUAUGGAAUAUAAUACAAUAAUCAAUUCAGCAGCUGCAGAAAAGAUUCCGGAUCAAGAUAGAAAUGAAAAAAUAUUAGAGGGUUCCAUAGAAGAAUUGGAAAGAGAUUUGGAAGAGAUGAGGCUAUCAUAUCAAAACAAAACUUUAGCAUUACAAAGGAUCCAAAUAACUGAUGCCCUUAGAACCAAACUGAAAAAUGAAGAUGAUGAUUCAAAGUUUAUCUGGGAUACCAUUAAACAUAUCAUGAUGCUUAGUACAGCAAUACUUAAAUCAAAGCAGCAAUCCCGUGAACUGGAAGAAAAAUUGAAUGAGGUUAAGAAGAGCAGACUAGAAUUAAAGCGAACUGGAGAAUGUAAACUGGCACAAAUAUAUGAUAUGAAGAGAAAACAAAAAGAGGAUUUAGAAAAUAUGGAAGUUGGUGAAAUGUUGAAGAAAGUUCGUAAAAAUUUACAAAAGGAAAUUCAGAUGACUACAUUGGUUCAAAACAUUUUCCAGAACCUUAUUACUGGAAGUGGAGUCAAUUGGGCAAAGGAUGCAGCAUUGAAGACAAUUGUUCUACAACUGGAGAAAAAUGUGACUGGCAUCUGA